AUGUUCCUCUUUGCUAGCACGUUUGUGUGUCAGCGAGCCUGGCCGCGAGCGCGCUUUCGGAACGCCCCGUGUCGGCGCGUGACGUUGGACGCUAGGGGUGACUCAGUGAGUGCAGGUGCCGAACAGCCGACGCGUCGUCCUGAGGCGCCCGCGAAAAGGCGUGGGAGUCGCUUUCUCAUCAAGGUCCGAAAGUCUGUGCGCACCACACGCAAGCACGGUAGCGUCAUUCCAGCUGAUGUUUGGUUACCACCCGAACUAACAAGUGACGUUUUGCCUUGCGGCGACAGCAAACUCUUGGAUAAUGAGGCGCACUUACCGGCGCUGGUGCUCAACGCGGACUAUAGACCCCUUUCGUACCUGCCACUGUCGUUGUGGUCCUGGCAAGAAGCAAUAAAGGCGUCGCUUUCGGGUCGCGUUCGUGUUGUUGCCGAGUACGAUAAAAUUAUUCGUGCACCGUCGAUGAGCAUGCGGUUGCCUGCUGUGGUGUGCCUCAAGCGCUUUCAGCAGAGCACGGUCUCUCGGGCAGCUUUCACACGUUUUAACGUCUUCCUUCGGGACUCGUUCCAGUGCCAGUAUUGUGGUACGAGCGGGCCUAUCACAGAUCUGACGUUUGAUCACGUCGUGCCGCGUUCGCGCGGUGGCAAGACGUGCUGGCGCAAUGUCGUCACCUGCUGCACGGCCUGCAAUCGACGCAAAGGCGGCAAACUGCCCCACGAAAUACCAAAUAUGACGUUGCAACGUCAACCUUAUGUACCGCUAUACUGUGAAUUGCAGGAAGUGGCCCGUAAGUUUCCCCCGCGAUUCUUGCAUGAGACCUGGGCAGACUACCUGUUCUGGGAUGUGCCCCUGCAACGAGACGAAUGA